AUGACGUUCCCGCAAAACUAUCCCAAUAGCCCACCAACAGUGAGGUUUACUUCAGAUAUGUGGCAUCCUAAUGUUUAUUCUGAUGGCCGUGUUUGCAUAUCUAUUCUUCAUCCUCCCGGUGAUGAUCCAAGCGGCUAUGAGCUUGCAAGCGAGCGCUGGACACCUGUUCAUACAGUUGAAAGUAUUAUGUUAAGUAUUAUAUCUAUGCUUUCUGGUCCCAACGAUGAGUCUCCAGCAAAUGUUGAAGCUGCUAAAGAGUGGCGAGAGAAGAGAGACGAGUUCAAGAAGAAAGUGAGCCGCUGUGUCAGAAAGUCUCAAGAAAUGUUGUGA